GAAAUAAAAAGAAAUUAAUCAAGAAAUUGCGAGGACUGGCUGACCCUGGCUCUGUUCUCUGGCGGAGCUCCAUUCCAAGGUUCGAAGGACCAUAUUUGAUCUGGAAUGGAAGAGCAAUAAACAGGUGUAUGUAUCCAUUCGGGAGUAGUUUUGUCAAUUCCUCAAACACUUGGAAUAAGUUGGGGUUUUUCAAGAAAAAAAAGAAGCUGAAAGAUCUUAGCGAGUUUUUACUACAAGCGGUGCUAGGGAUCUGAAAUUUGGGAUCCCAGAGGCAGUUUGGCAUCCCUAAUUUGGGAUGCAAAGGAUUACCCUUUUACUACACUCUCUCCAUAGCCCAAAGCGAUCUGCUUUUCUUUUUGCGAAUGCAAACGACGGAUGUUACUCUGCCAUCUUUCUAACUGCUCUAAUAGAUGUGUUUUGAUGGAUUUCUGAAUACCCAUUUAGUAACUUAAUCUUAUAUUCGAAGACACAUACAAAUCCUCGGAAUUACAUUCAUAGCAAAGAAAUUUUGGGUAUUCUCUCGAUUUUAAAUUUCAUUCCAACCCUAAGUAAAUCUCUUCUGGGUCAUCUUCUUAGGCUGUGAUGGUCUCCAAUCAAGCAAUUAUUGAUAUGUCUUCUUGGGAUGGAACCCUUUCAUCAAUUGAUUUCCGUAUUGCUGCUUGUGCAUUUGCUGAGAAAUGGAAAAAGUUUAACUCUGCUCUCCCUCAGUGGUCAUGGGUACCUUGUCCAAAACGACCUUGGAUUUCUGCCCACCAAGUAGAAGGAUAUUUAACGCUUGAGAAUGUAUUUCUUCCCAGUUUUACUGAGGAACAUGAUGAAAGCAGCCCAGCAGGAAAAGAAAUUUGCAGUUGUUCUGAUAAAGAUGAGUUGUUUAUUGAUACUGCUACAUUGAGCUGUGGUCAUGAAGUACAUCACUACAACUUCCAUGUAACAUACAGCCCUUCAUAUAGGGUUCCAGUGCUAUAUUUCUAUGCAUAUUCCAGUGAUGGACAGCCGUUGAUGUUAGAUGACAUUGAAAAGGACCUCCCUGCCAAUUCUGGGAAGUUACUACUGGAAUCCAAAUGGACAUUCAUAACUCAGGAGGUAUACUUUGAUUAUUAUCCGCUCAUUGUCUUGAUUAAUUAUUCCAUGUGAUUUUUACAAUUAUGUCAAAAAAAAAGUGCAAUAAUUGGUUUGAUAUGUUUAAUUUGGACUAACAAAUGAAAUUACUGAUAUGUUCUGUUGGCCCAUGUUUCAUCUGGAAUCUAGACCUUUCAAGCCAUUGGCAUUCUCUAUUCUGCUGUAUUGUUAGUUUUGUGUGCACCAGAAGCUGGAAAGUGAUCAUAGUUACACUUACUCAUAGAGUUUGACUUAUGUGGCAUUGAAAUCAUACAAUUUUCAGACAAUUACAUCUGGCAUAUGUUAAUCACAUCACCUCAAAUAUUUAUUGUCAUGGAUAUUCUACUCUCUUGGCUAUCAUCUCCUAUGCAUUCUUUUUCUUCUGUUCCACUUGUAUUGGUCACUUGAUAAUGAUAGUUGAUUAUGUACUGCUGAUUACUUUCCCUCUAAAACCUUGUUUACUAAAAAAAAUACGAGAAAAUUUUGGUCUUGAUGUUUCCUGAUAAAACUUUUUAGCCUUUGUUACGUCUAGUCUUUGUGCUUGUGUGUUUUGGAAAGCCUUGUUUGUGUACAUUUUUCUGCUUGUGGAGUAUGAAGAUGAGUUUACAAUUACAGUGCAAUCCUAGUUUUCAUCAAUGGUUGUAAUUUGGAGAUGUCAACUGAUAAAUUAUGAAUGCUAUGAAUGGU